AUGAAUUUUUCUUCAUUAAUUGUUUUUUUAUUUAUUGUUAUAUUGAAUGUGUUACUUGCAGAAAAAGAGAAUAUCCUUACAAAUGAUUUAUAUAAACAUGAAAAUAGUAGUUACAGUAAUUUUGAUAAAAAAACGUCAAGUGUAAAAUGCGCUACAAAAGAAACAGUAUAUCAUGAAUUGUCAAAAACUGAUGGUUUAUAUGAGAAUUUUGUAAAAUACAAUAAAGUGGAAAACAAAAGGGAUUUGGAUAAAGGGACAAGUGAUAAAAAAUAUUCAAAAAAUAUAUUUAAUAGUACGAAUUCUGAAGAUAUAUUUGAACCCGUCAAAAGGGGAGAAUCAUGUGAUUAUAAAAAUAAUAUGAUGAAGGAAUGUUAUGUAACUUUUUCAUCAAAACCUUUAUUGAAAAAAAAUAGUAGGAUGACUAGAUUUAAGAAUAAAUUGUAUAAAAUGAUUUUUAAAAGAAAUAAAAUUUGGAGAGUUAUUUCAGGAAUCAUUACAGUUUUGGGAGAAAGUGCUAUAAUUUGUGAGAUUCUUAUGGUUAUAGGAAGUAUUAUAAUUUUAUGUUCAUGUUCCUGUACGUCUACUUGUGUAACUGGUGGUACAUUAAUUAUUGCAUCCGGAGGUGUCCUUGGAGCUAUUAUACUAUUCAUAAUAUUAAUAAUUGUAGUAGUUUGGUUACUUGUUACAUGGUUAUGGUCGCAUAAAGAUGUGUAUUAUGAAUUACAUAAAAAAUAA